AUGGAGAUAUCAAAGGCUGAUCAUGUUUCCGCCUUGCCGAUGCUACAGUAUGUCUCGUAUUCAGGGUCUCGUUAUCGUACAGGUAAUAGUCAUGGCUCGUUUGUAUUAAAUAAUUCACACCCCGGAGAAAUUUUCACUUAUCUAAACGAAACAUUAGAAAUUCGAUUCCCUGCAGAGUAUAUCUUGUUACCUGCCAUCCAUGUCAUCUAUCAUGAUGGAAAUGUGGAAAGGUUUUCGGUUGCUGUGGCCAGCUGCAGUAUCUAG